AUGUAUGUGGAGUUGGAUGACUCCUUGGGGAUCCCUAGCAUAGAAACACUAUCCAAUUGGUUCAAAGUCAUAAAGGUCAAGGAGGACAGCUACAAACUUGUGUUUUGCCUAAAUGUUUGCAAGUUGUGCAAGCAUGUCUAUGGUGAUCUGGGCCUCUUUGUAGAGGAUGGGAAGGCCUAG